UUUAGCGGAAAAUUUUCUUACAAUCCUUGCAAUUUUUUGCUUAUUUUACAUUCUAUUUUACAUCUCGAAACAUGGAAAAGGAAAAGGGAAAGCCCUUCUUGGUCCUCGACCCUUGCCAAUCAUUGGGAACCUCCACAUGUUAAGCAUGCUUCCACACGAAUCCCUUUAUCACUUGGCCAAAAAACAUGGUGCUAUAAUGUCUAUAAGGCUAGGCUCUGUGCCAGCUGUUGUUGUUUCAUCCCCUGAAGUAGCCGAGAUAUUUCUUAAGACACAUGACGUUGUUUUCGCAAGCAGGCCAAAAUUUCAAGUGCUACAAUCAAUUUACAAUGGCAAAAUGGGCAUAGCAUUCACAGAAUAUGGACCAUAUUGGCGCAGUCUGACGAAGUUUUGUAAUCAACAACUUUUUACUGCAUCGAAAAUUGAAUCAUUUGCACCAUCGAGGAAGGAGGUGCUAACACAUUUCAUUGAAUCUUUGAAGGAAGCAGCAGCAGCAAAGGAAGUGGUUAACAUUAGUAAGAAGGUGGGGAAUCUUAAUGCAAAAAUGAUUCUGAAUAUGAUUUUAGGGCCUGUGAAGAAGUAUGAGGAAUUUAACCUCAAAGAGAUUAUUGAAGAGCUUCUUUACAUGGUAGGAGUUUUCAAUCUUGCAGAUUUUGUGCCUUUUUUGGGUGCUUUUGACCUACAGGGACUCAAAGCCCGUACAAGGAUUCUUGGUGAAAAACUUGACAAAGCCCUCGAAACGAUCAUUAAUGACCAUCAACAACAAAAAUAGGAUGAUUUCAUCAGUACGAUGCUUACAGAGUUAAAUAAGCAAAUAAAUCCUAAUGGUGAUAUAAUGGACCGAAAUUGCAUCAAAGCCAUAACAAUAGAUAUGAUUGUCGCUUCCUUGGACACCUCAACUGCUCCAUUGGAAUGGGCUUUAUUAGAGCUCAUUAAGCAUCCGAGGGUAAUGUUAAAACUCCAAAAAGUGUUAGAAAGAAUUAUCAAGAAGAGAAUGGUGGAGGAAAAUGAUUUACCAAAAUUUGAGUAGCUAGACAUGGUUUUGAAAGAAACUUUAAGGCUUUAUCUUGUUACACCUAUGCUACUUCCUCGCGAGUCAAGGAUCAUUGUGAACGUUUGGGCAAUUGGGAGAGAUCCUAAUGUCUGGUCUAAUAAUGUUGAAGAGUUCUUUCCAGAAAGGUUCGUUAAUAGAAAUAUAGAACUUCAUGGACAUGAUUUUAAACUUAUCCCAUUUGGUUCAGGUUGUAGAGUAUGCCCGGGGAGGAAAUUAGCAUUAAUCACAGUUAAACUUAUUUUAGCUCAAUUGGUGCAUUGUUUUGAUUGGGAGCUGCCUGGUGGAAUGUCGCCAAAUGAAUUGGACAUGACUGAAAAAUUUAGUUCCACGUUGCCAAGGAAGAAUAAUCUCUGUGCCAAGCCUAUUUAUUGCAUGUAGAAAUGCAAAUUUCAAGAUAAUAUUUGUAUUGUGAUAUAACAAGAUGUAUCCGUGUAAUAAAGUUGGGGCAUUUUGAAAAUGGUAUGUAUUUUAUUCAUUGUCGCAAUAUAUGUAU